UGUGAGGAGGGUAAACACACUGCUGUGAGGAGGGUAAACACACUGCUGUGAGGAGGGUAAGCACACUGCUGUGAGGAGGGUAAACACACUGCUGUGAGGAGGGUAAGCACACUGCUGUGAGGAGGGUAAACACACUGCUGUGAGGAGGGUAAACACACUGCUGUGAGGAGGGUAAACACACUGCUGUGAGGAGGGUAAGCACACUGCUGUGAGGAGGGUAAGCACACUGCUGUGAGGAGGGUAAACACACUGCUGUGAGGAGGGUAAACACACUGCUGUGAGGAGGGCGCUCUCACCGUCUCCUCCCUCUCCACCUUCCUUGCCUUCUACCGCGCCUCUCCCCUCGCCUCGCUCCUCUUCCUCCCCUCCUGCUCUGGCUCGGCCUUGUCUCCGCCAUCACCUAUUCCAUCUGGACCAAUCACAGUGUGGUCCUCGACAAGCUACAGGACAAGCUACAGUGGGGCGAUUUGCAGGCGACGGCUGGCAAGAUUUUGAGUGAUUUCCGCGGGCGUAUUGACAGCAGUGGCAGUGGUGGUAGCAGCAGCAGUGGUGGCAGCGGUGAGGGGAGUGGGUGGGGCACGGAGGAUGGGAUGGUGGGGAAUGGUCGGCUGCUCGUAGCAACCAGAACAAGCGCAUUGACUGACUGUGCUGCUAGGUUGCCCAGCUCCGUGGGCUGUUUGCUCUGGUUGUUGCUGUAGUGAAUACAGGUGGGCUGCGGAUCACGUGGCUUACCGUAUCUCCAUCCGAUCACGUGGCUUGCUGUGGGUUGCUUUGCCCUGGGUGAUGGGGGGCUGCGUUCUUUAGUUCAUGUAUAGUCUGGUGCCUGUUAGUUGUGGCAGUGGUGGAAAGUUCGCUCUGCAGGCACUGCGAGGUGCUGGAGGCUUG